GCACAGCUCACCCCUUUAAUGAGGUCUGGAUUUCGAACCCCAUUACAAGCAAAAAAAAAAAAUUUUCCGUUGGAAGUGAAAUGGAUUUCAGUUCCCUCAAGCGUUACCAAACCCUACCCUCUCUCGUCCGUAUCUCUCGGUCUCACGAAGAACUCCGCAGCAGCUUCCAUUGAAGCAAUCCGAAGCAGUUUUCUCGUCUAUCUGAAGGUAUGAUAUUCUCUUUUCUCCCAGACUCAGUUUAACAGGGAACUUGGCUAAAAUGGCUGGAGGUAGAGUGAUGCACCAGUUACUGAGGGGAAGACUUCAGUCUCAGUCCACCGUGUCUCCAGGUCUUUUGUCCCUUUUUUCAAAGAAAGAUCAAGAGGGAAUUGGAUCUGCUGGCAUGAAGUCCCUGAGAGCAUUUGCACUUCUUGGAGCGGGUGUAUCUGGGCUUUUCAGUUUUGCAACAAUAGCAUCUGCUGAUGAGGCUGAACAUGGUUUAGAGUGUCCAAGCUAUCCUUGGCCUCACAAAGGCAUUCUCAGUUCAUAUGACCAUGCUUCGAUCCGUCGUGGUCACCAGGUUUACCAACAAGUCUGUGCAUCUUGCCAUUCAAUGUCCCUAAUUUCAUAUCGUGACUUGGUUGGUGUGGCAUAUACAGAGGAGGAAACAAAAGCUAUGGCAGCUGAGAUUGAGGUGGUUGAUGGACCUAAUGAUGAGGGUGAGAUGUUUACCCGCCCUGGUAAGCUGAGUGAUCGUUUUCCCCAGCCAUAUGCAAAUGAACAAGCAGCUAGAUUUGCGAAUGGAGGGGCCUAUCCUCCAGAUUUAAGUCUUAUCACCAAAGCUCGUCACAAUGGUCAAAAUUACGUAUUUGCCCUUUUAACUGGUUAUCGUGAUCCUCCUGCUGGUGUUUCGAUCCGAGAAGGGUUGCACUACAAUCCUUACUUUCCUGGGGGAGCUAUUGCAAUGCCAAAAAUGCUUAUUGAUGGUGCUCUUGAGUAUGAAGAUGGUACCCCUGCAACAGAAGCUCAGAUGGGGAAAGAUGUGGUGGCAUUUUUGUCGUGGGCUGCAGAACCAGAAAUGGAAGAGAGAAAACUGAUGGGGUUCAAGUGGAUAUUUGUAUUGUCACUUGCUCUGCUUCAGGCCGCAUAUUACAGACGCUUGAAGUGGUCUGUUCUCAAGUCACGUAAGCUGGUUCUCGAUGUUGUCAACUAGAGCUUUGCUUCAUCCUAAGCUAAUAUUUGUGGGAUUGUUUGGAUAGGAAAUAAUUAUGUUGUUCAACAACUGUUUCACUGCCGUUUUAAGUUGUUUCCAGCAGUUCAUCAGAAUCUGAAUGAGCUGAAGAGUUUUUUUUCCCCCUUAAAUUUGAGAUACAAUAAGAGAUCAAAUGCAUAUACAUUAUUUUUUGUCUGAAUACGGAGCUGGGGGAAAUUCCUUUUU